UAGGCUGUGCUAGGUUGCGACGGGGGAGAAUAACGUCGGGUCGGGUCAGCGGGCGCUGCAGUAGUCGCCGCAGCGGCGAUGGGAGCGGUAGGGACCAGGCGGCGGCGGUGGCGGCAAGAGGAGAAGCAGGGGCUGAAACUAGAGCAGCGGCUGAGGGCCGCCAGCAGCAGCAGUAACUGCAGCAGCCGCCGCCGCCGCCAGUAAACGCGGACGGUACCCGAGGGGACUACUCGGCCGGCCGGCCCUCGAAGCCGCGCUGGGUCCCGCCGCAGUCGUCGGCGGGGGAUGGGCAGGCGGCGGCAGUCCCGCCUGCUGUGGGUUGACUCCUGCGGGUCCCGGCCCUGAGCUGGACCGGAACCCUCCGCCCGAAUCGCUGCGUUUGCCACGGCCCAGGUUAAAUGGAAACCACCCUUAGGAGCUGGUUGCCUGUAUAGCCAUUCUACCACAUCAGUGAAUUGCAAUGAGUGGAGGAGGAGAGCAGCCAGAUAUCCUCAGUGUUGGAAUUCUGGUCAAGGAAAGAUGGAAAGUGUUGAGGAAGAUUGGGGGUGGGGGCUUUGGAGAAAUUUACGAUGCCUUGGACAUGCUUACCAGGGAAAAUGUUGCACUGAAGGUGGAAUCAGCUCAACAACCAAAACAAGUUCUGAAAAUGGAGGUUGCUGUACUGAAAAAGCUACAAGGGAAAGACCAUGUUUGUAGAUUUAUUGGCUGUGGGAGGAAUGAUCGAUUCAACUAUGUGGUGAUGCAGUUGCAGGGUCGGAAUCUGGCGGAUCUACGCCGUAGCCAGUCCCGGGGCACAUUCACUAUUAGCACUACUCUUCGGUUGGGUAGACAGAUUCUGGAGUCUAUUGAGAGCAUCCAUUCUGUGGGAUUCUUGCACCGAGACAUCAAACCGUCGAACUUCGCCAUGGGUCGCUUUCCUAGUACAUGUAGGAAAUGUUACAUGCUUGAUUUUGGCUUGGCUCGACAAUUUACCAAUUCCUGUGGUGACGUCAGACCACCUCGGGCUGUGGCAGGCUUUCGAGGGACAGUUCGUUAUGCAUCAAUCAAUGCUCAUCGGAACAGGGAAAUGGGAAGACAUGAUGACCUUUGGUCCUUAUUCUACAUGUUGGUGGAAUUUGUAGUUGGUCAGCUGCCUUGGAGAAAAAUAAAGGACAAGGAACAAGUAGGCUCUAUUAAGGAGAGGUAUGACCACAGGCUUAUGUUGAAACAUCUCCCUCCAGAAUUCAGCAUCUUUCUGGACCACAUCUCCUCUUUGGAUUAUUUUACAAAACCAGACUACCAGCUUCUCACAUCCGUGUUUGACAACAGCAUCAAGACCUUUGGAGUAAUUGAGAGUGACCCUUUUGACUGGGAGAAGACUGGCACCGAUGGUUCCCUUACAACCACGACUACUUCCACCACUCCUCAGCUGCACACCCGCUUGACCCCCGCAGCAAUUGGAAUUGCCAAUGCCACUCCCAUCCCAGGAGACUUGCUUCGAGAAAAUACAGAUGAGGUGUUUCCAGAUGAACAGCUUAGUGAUGGGGAGAAUGGCAUCCCUGCUGGUGUGUCACCAGAUAAAUUGCCUGGAUCUCUGGGACACCCUCGUCCACAGGAGAAGGAUGUCUGGGAAGAACUGGAUGCCAACAGAAAUAAAAUAAAGCUCGGGGUCUUUAAGGCUGCUACUGAAGAAGAGAACAGCCAUGGUCAAGCAAAUGGUAUUCUGAAUGCUCCAAGUCUCGGUUCACCAAUUCGUGUCCGCUCAGAGAUUACUCAGCCAGACAGAGAUGUUCCAUUGGUGCGAAAGUUACGUUCCAUCCACAGCUUUGAGCUAGAAAAACGUCUGGCACUGGAGCCAAAGCCAGAUACUGACAAGUUUCUUGAGACCUGCUUGGAGAAAAUGCAGAAAGAUUCCAGCGCAGGAAAGGAAGCUCUUCUCCCUGCUCUGCUGCAUAAGCCUUGUGUUCCUUCUGUGUCCCGCACUGACCACAUCUGGCACUAUGAUGAAGAAUAUCUUCCAGAUGCUUCCAAGCCUGCCUCUGCCAACACCCCUGAGCAAGCAGAUGGUGGUGGCAGCAAUGGAUUUGUAGCUGUUAACCUGAGCUCCUGCAAGCAGGAGGUUGAUUCCAAAGAAUGGGUGAUUGUGGAUAAGGAACAGGACCUUCGGGAUUUUAGGACAAAUGAGGCUUUAGGUCAUAAGACAACUGGAAGCCCUUCUGAUGAGGAGCCUGAAGUACUUCAAGUCCUGGAGGAAUCGCCUCAAGAUGACAAACUCCGAUUAGGUCCUUGGGCAGAAAAUGAUCAUUUAAAGAAGGAAACCUCAGGUGUGAUCUUAGCACUUUCUAGAGAGUGCCCAGCCACUGCUGCUUCAGAACAAUACACAGAUAGGCUGGAACUCCAGGCUGGAGCUGCUGGUCAGUUUAUUGCAGUUACACCGACAAGUCCAAUGGAAGCGCAAGCAGAGGGACCCCUUACAGCGAUUACAAUUCCUAGACCUUCUGUGGCAUCUACGCAGUCGACUUCAGGAAGCUUUCAUUAUGGUCAGCAGCCAGAAAAGAAAGACCUUCAUCCUAUGGAGCCCACUGUGGAACUUUUCUCUCCAAGGGAGAACUUCUCUGGCUUGGUUGUGAUAGAGGGCGAACCUCCUAGUGGAGGAAGCAGAACAGACUUGGGUCUUCAGAUGGAUCAUACUGGUCAUGACGUGUUACCCAAUAUUAGAGAGUGUGACAGACCCCAAGACCUGGGACCAAAGGACCUUUCUGACCAUGACAGACCGGCUCUGGGGGAAUUUGAGGGUCUCCCUAGGGAAAAGGAAGGGAAAAGCAUCCUUCUAGGGUCAGAUAAUGAAGAUGAGAAAUUGAGUAAAAAGCAGCAUUAUAUUGAGAUCGCCCCUCUCCCAGGAGACUUGGUAACAGUGGAAAGGGAUCACACAGCUACUGCUGAACCUCUUGAUGCGAUAAAGACACAGACUUUUAGUGUGGUGCCAAAUCAAGACAAAAAUCAUGAGAUAAUGAAGCUUCUGGCAGUUGGAACUUCAGAAAUCUCUCCGCACGUUACUGACCCACAUGUCGAAGGACAGAUAGGCCAGAUGGCAGCAAUGCAAAAAAGUAAGAUAUCUAAGGAUGAUGACCUCAAGAGUGAAGACUUGCCACGUCAUCAAGGAGACCUCUCUACUUUUUUGCACCAAGAGGGUAAGAGAGAGAAAAUGGCCCCUAGAAAUGGAGAACUAUUUCAUUCUGUUUCAGAGAGUGAUCAUUGUCCCCCAUCCCGGAAGGAUGUGGUUAGGUCAUCCUUUGUAACUAGACACAGCCGAAUCCCUGUUUUAGCACAAGAGAUAGACUCGGCUUUUGAGUCAUCCUCUCCAGUCUCUGCAAAAGAAAAGCUCCUCCAAAAGAAAGCUUAUCAGCCAGAUCUAGUCAAGCUUCUGGUAGAAAAAAGGCAACUCAAGUCUUUCCUUGGGGACCUCUCAAGUGCCUCUGAUAAACUGCUAGAGGAGAGAUUAGCCACUGUUCCUGCUCCCUUUUCUGAAGAACAAGUCUUCACUCCCUUUUCAAGACUGGCUGUAGAUUCACACUUGAGCAGGUCAGCUGAAGACAGCUUUCUGACACCCAUCAUCUCCCAGUCCAGAAAGAGCAAAAUUCCAAGGCCAGUUUCAUGGAUCAGCACAGAUCAAGUCAAUAGCUCAACUUCAUCUCAGUUCCUGCCUCGACCACCACCAGGAAAGCCACCCACAAGGCCUGGAGUAGAAGCCAGGCUCCGCAGAUAUAAAGUCCUAGGGAGUAGCAAUUCCGACUCAGACCUUUUCUCUCGCCUGGCCCAAAUUCUUCAAAACGGAUCUCAGAAACCCCGGAGCACUACUCAGUGCAAGAGCCCAGGAUCCCCUCACAAUCCAAAAACACCACCCAAGAGUCCAGUUGUCCCUCGCAGGAGUCCCAGUGCCUCUCCUCGGAGCUCUUCCUUGCCUCGCACAUCUAGUUCCUCACCAUCUAGGGCUGGACGGCCCCAUGACCAGAGGAGUUCAUCCCCGCAUCUGGGGAGAAGCAAGUCGCCUCCCAGCCACUCAGGAUCUUCCUCCUCCAGGAGGUCCUGCCAACAGGAGCAUUGCAAACCCAGCAAGAAUGGCCUGAAAGGAUCCAGUGGCCUCCACCACCACUCGGCCAGCACUAAAGCCCCCCCAGGGAAGAGUAAGUCAGCCAGUAAACUCAGCAGAUAGGAGCUGGGCUGUGUUUCUGUGAAAGGUGUGAGAUCUUCCUCCUAAACCUGAUGCAUGUGCGUCCCUGUACUGUCUAUUUAAAAAAUCAGUGUUGAUCUUCUCUUGCAAAAGAAAGUAACAUGAUAAAUUAUUUAUAAGAAGAUAAAAAUAUAUGAUAAGGAAUUACCUAAGGCAGGCAGCAAGCAGAUCAGGAAUCAAUGCCUCUGCAUAGGAAGGGGCAGUCCAGUAAAAUCCGAGGAGGUGAAACUGAUUACAUGAACUCUCAUUUCUUAGCUGCCUUCGAUACAAAAAUGUUGAAGGUAGGAAGUGGAAUGGAAUUUUAAGGGGUUUAGCUUACUUUUUUUUUUUAAGGCUCCACUCAGAGAUUAUAUAGCAAAAAUGAAAACUCCUCAUUUUAAUAUUUUCAGUUCAAAACUUCCCGACCUUGGAGAGUCAGAAUUGCUCCGACAUUCAAGUGUGUAAGAAGCCCGUUGCUGGGGAGCCAGUGCUCACAUACAUUUGGCCUGUGUGUUGCUCUGGUGUAUUGAGAGUUCACACCUUUUUACUUUGCCUCAUUCCUAUUAUCUCACUGGAUUACACAUUUUUUUAAAGUUAGUGAUUCUCACCUGAUCCAGUCUCUAUUUUAACAGUACAUUCUCAUGUGCUCUAGCAACACAUGCUGGAAUUUUAUUUGAAAUUACUUUUUCGAACCCCCUAGUAUUUCUCUUUGGAGCAACAGUUCUUAGUAUAUUUUUAUUAUGAAAAAUAACUGAUGGAACUUAAAACAAGGAAAAGUCUAAACAGAGCUACUUUGUGCUUUAGGGAGAGGGGUGGAAUGUGAGGGUAAUGCCCCUCAGGAUAGAAGAACCCUCUUCUCCUGUUAGUUUCCUGCUUGUGGGGGGAACACUGAUGGGAGUAGACCUUGCUUCCUCAAGGCUUCUAGGUACCAACGAUUUCUCAUAUCAACCUCUGGGAUGAUACCAGGGAAGUACAUUGAUAGGGAAUGUGACUCUAUGCUUUUAGAGCUUUGGAAAGAAAACUAGAAAUUAAAUAUAUUGAGGCUUAAAAUUCUCAAACUUUGUAUUUUAUACAUUUAGCCAAUAAGGAAUGAGUAUCUGAGGAAAAUAAAUUUAGGCUCAUUAUAUAUAUCUUUCAGUGUUUUAUUACUUGCUUUUCCUGUGCUUUAAUUUGAAUAUUUGGGCUUCUUGACCUGAUUUCCAUGUAAUCUUAAUUUAGAAAACUGUUAGGAGGAUCAUAUUUGUUCUGAUCUUACUCUUCUUCUAACAGGAAUUAGGCAAAGUUACAUUAUACUCAAUUUUUUAAAUGAGCUCUUUUAUACUCUGUAGUUUUUGUGUUGUAAAGACCUUAUUAAGGUCAGGUAGAUUGGUCUGCUUGUUGUUGAAAUUUGCCUUCUAGCAAACAUCUGUGCUUUCUCUUUGACCUUGUGUUUGCUGCCAAACUUAAUAAUGGUUGAAUUGGGAAAAAAAAAAAAAAAAAGAUACUUCCUCACAAAGUGAACAUAUUCUAAUGCUGCAUCAAAGCCGCCCUGAAGCUGCACUGAACUUCUCUUGUUCUCUUUAUCUGUGUUGAGCUUUUAAAAAACAAACAAAGAAAAAAAACCCAACAACUCAAAACACUAUUGAGGUAUAUAUGGUCUCCCAUAAGAAAUGUAGCAUAGUGUGAAAUCUUAAUUUCUCUCUGGUUUCAAGACUUCAGAGGAAUGCAGUAGACAAGACAUAUUUGCUGUUUAACUAGAGCAACUGUAAUAUUGGAAGACUGAUCUUUAUGUAUUAUAUUGUAUAAUAGUUGCUAUAACACUAUUUGCAUGUCGUCAUGGUAAAUUAUAUAAAUACUUAUAAAUAUAUAUAGAAACAUAUGCUUAUAUAAACUCAUUCUUUCUCAUUCUCCAUUUGUAAUUUCAAGAUCACAGAUGGUGAAAAUACUUUUUAUUGUGUGCCUCGAGUACACUUGGGCCUUGCCUAUCUUCAUUUUCUGAAAAUAUGUUCUUGGCAUGUGACACUUCAGAUUCUUUUUGCCUUCCUUGUGUAUAAUGCAGAGGUUGGCGAUCUUCAACAAGCCAAGAUAGGUUAUUUAAUUUUCAUUUAAAAAAAUUUUAAUAGGGGAAUAAUUACUAGGAAAUGCUUAUAAGACUGGUUCAGAGAUUUGUCAUGUUAAUCACAUAAUUCUGUCAUGGUUAGAGUGGAUAAACUGGGAUGAUAAUCAUGGGUCUGACAAUUUUUUUUUUUUAAAUCUCUUUAAAAUUACCAUUCUGCUUUAUUCUUUUCACAUCACUUUUGGGGGGAGGGCAGGAGUACUGGGAAGUAAUCUGCAAUUAAGAAAGUAUCUUCUUUUUUCUGUUGUGUUAGCUAAAUUGUGCUAAAAGUAGCCAGCUUUAAAUCCUGACCCCUCUAAUCAGAAAAGAGCUCAUGGUAACUAUUUGAAAAGCUGAUGAGGCUGCAACUUUGGUGUGUGUGUUAAUUUCUUAUUGGCAUUUCUCUGCUAGCAAUCAAAACUGACAUUGAUGUCAACAUGACAGCUGAAUGUUCUCUUUCUUGUUUCCUUCCAUUUUUCUCUCAGCUUUUCCACUGUGUUAUCUAUCCCAUUUUCUAAAUGGUAAUGACAAACUCAAGAUCCAGAAAGACCCUUGUUGUGUAAGAAUAUUUUAUUUUGCAUGUAGGGAAAAGAGUUAACCAAAGAUAUUUGUGCUCCGAUACUUUCAAAAGAAGACAGACUAAUUAUAUCUUACGUAUUAAAAACUCUAUGGUUUUUAAAAGCAUAGUUUGUGCUUUUAGCUUUUAAAUGUUUUAGUCUAAAAAGAGAAGUUGGCAGCCCUGAGCAGAGCACUUUUGGCACAAGGAUUUUUGUUAUUGUUUUAUUUUAGAGAACGACAGCAAAUGAGUUGGGAUUUUUGUUGUUGUUGUUGUUCUGUAUUUUUUAUAUUUUUUAAUUCUUAUUUUUUAGUGAUGGCAUGUUUCAUAUUUCAGUGACAAACAUAGAUCAUCCAAGUAAUUUUAAACUAGUUUGGUUAUUCUACCUAAGAUAAGGGACAUGGCCAUCAAUUGAAGUUAAGCCAACCAACACUAAGAGUUGUAUGGGGCUGAAGUUAAAAAUUAUCUUUUGAAAACCAAGUGCCUCCUAGUUUCUCACUACAAAAUGGCUAGUCACCUAGUCACACUUGCCCUUACCCUCCCUUGACUAGUCUCUGGAAUUACUUGGGUGGAGCAAAAGAUGGAAUUAGCAACAGCUCAAUCCCUGUAGGUAGCAUUCUUCCUAAAUUAGGUUGCCAAAUCUUCAUGGUGUGCAGAUUGUUUGAAAUAUUAAAAUUCCGCACAGCAGUUUUUUGCACAGCUUAAAGGCAUUUAACUUUAACUAUAGUGAACAAAGAAGGAAGAUUGGGUCAUAUCAAAUUUAACUUGACUGUAUAGAUUAUAAAACAUCUUUAAAUGGUAAAUCUUAAGUAGGUGCUCUCAUUCUCAACUUGGUGUGCAACUGGCCUUGCUGACAGUGGCAUAGUUACAUUUACUCUUUUUUUAAGUUGCAUGUUGUGGAGUAAAUGUUUUGGCUUUUUAAGUUGCCAAGUUAAUCAAACCCUAAAUAAGUAGCAAAAUGGUCAUUUGAGACCCACUGUUGUCAUUAUCCACUUUAUAUUACUUGCUUUAAAAUGUUAAACAAAUCUCAGCUAUUACUAAUCCAGUGGACUAGGGUGCAGUAUCCCUUUAUGUUUUGCUCUUAGCCACUAUGGGAACCUGAGGUUCUUCUGUAAUCAUCAGAGAUUCCUUCCAGGCCACAGAUUUUUAAGUGAAUGUUUCUAUGUUUAUAUUCAACUGGCAAGGAAGAAUGUUGGUGCAUGUUUUAUAAACCCAGAGACAGACAGUUGAAUCUAUAACUAGUUUUUCUAUAUCCAGUAGCUUUGAAUUAAAACCAGAUGCUUUUUCCCUCAAGAGCAGAGGAUUCUUUGUUAUAGGAACUACAUUUUUAAUCUAACAUUAUAAAUUGGUGAUAGGAGAAACAGGAUCCAGAAUUCAGAAUUUAGUGGCUUAGGUGGAAAAAAAUGCAUCUUACUCUGCCUAUUUGAAAAUACAUUUAUUUGUAGAUAAGUCUAGAUUUCGUCUUAAAGAUCAAAAUUUUCCCAUUUUAAACCUUUUUUCAUUCCUUUAUAGCUAUCAAAAUGUGGCAUAUGUUAGGGAACCGUUUGUUUCUUCUGUCAUGUUGAUGUGUUUUGGGAUUAAGUUAUUUGCAUUUACUCUUUUAAAAUCUGUCCAUUUCUGUUUAUGUGUUGGGACUUUGCCUAAAGGGAGGACUAUUUCAGCACCUGUAUCACUAAGGAGAUAGAAUGGUUGAUGACAACUGUACUUUAAUUUUUUUGAGUUUGGUUCUGUUGCAGAAUAGUUGUCUACAGAACCAAUCAAUAGUAACUAUUUGCAGAAUAGUUACUUAUCUAUCUUCUAAUACAAAAAGUAUUACAGGAUUAAGGCAUGUAACCACUAUGGUAGUCCUCACAUGUUGAUAUUUACCAACAUUGCUAGAGAGAACUGCAGGAGAUAAAUGCGGAAUUCCUAUAGUUCUUAGUAACUCCCCGACAUGGGACAAGGAUCCCAAUUAAAGGGGAGUUUGGGUGCUGCAUAUCUCAGAUCCCUGGCUGGACAUGAAAUGAUGCUAUUAAAGUCUUGACCCAUCCAUACAUUUUCUAAUUCAGCUGUGAUUAUCUGCUCCAACUUUUAAAACAUAAACUAGAUGUUUAAUUAUCCCCCUUAAGCAAAUUUGGACCAGAAAAUUAAAGAAUGUAAUAAGAUCAAAGUAACCUUGAGGUGAUACACAACCUCAAGAUACUGAAUAGCCAAGUAGAAACCUUUACUCAGUAAUGACUUGAAUAUUUCCUUAGAUUUUGCUGGAGAUCCUUGGUUUUAAGGAGACAUGUAAAGGAAGUGAAGCCUUUUUCUUCAUUACCCUGUGAAAACUGAACAGAAUCUGCCUCUUUAAUUGAAGUGAUAGUAUGAGCAGAGGAUGUAUCACUGAUGAUAUUGACAUGUCUCUCAGAUACCCUGGGCCAGGAAUUCUGGGUUCCUUGACCUAGAGAACAGGAUUCAGUAAAGCAGACCUUUGAGUCCCUGUAACUAGAGAAUUUGCUGAUGAUAUAUUAUUUUACACACUAAUGAUAGGAAAUUUUCUCUUUUCAAAGUAGUUUAAUAUUGUUUCAUAUUGUGUACAUAAGUAUUAACUUUCCCAGUUAAAAGUACUGGGUAAACCAAAUUUUUAUAUAGACUGCGCUUGCCAUAUGUUGCUUUCUUCCCCCCUUGAAAUACAAGGUUUAAAUCCUUAAAAAAAAAAUUCAUGCGCAGCGUUCAACCAUACCUGGAGUCUGUCAGGGUGUUCUCCACUGAUCCACAAGGGAUAAACAAAUCUACCAGAGCUUGAAUGUGAUUUAUUUUAGGGAUCAACCCAGGGAGGGGAAAGCCCUUGGGAUUUUUUUUCUUUUUAAACUAGUGACCAGUUAGUUUACUAAAGUAAAAAGCAUUCAGAAAAACAGAGAUAGAAAGCUAAAGGAAAUAUAACACUGUACCACUUGGGACUCUGAAACUGGAAUGGUGAACUGAAUAAAGAAAAGAACACAUGACCUGGGCUUGAGUUCCCUCAGUUCACAGUUCCUGACCCCUUCCUGAUCCUUUCCUAAAAUAACCAAGUUAUUUACUUACAAGUUCACAGCUUUUAGGAAAAAAGAGAUAGUUGGGAAACAUCUAGUUUUGAAUUAGAUCUAAAUCUUGAAAGAUUAACUCUUGGCAGCUGUUAAAUCAAAUGGACCCACGAAUCAGAGGAAUUUUGUCAAGCAAAACCAGUAAGUUAGAAUAGAGAACUUUAACAAUUCCACAGUUUUCUUCCUUUCUUCUCCAUGACACAGAGUGAUGAGAAACUGUUCUUUGAAAUACCUCCAAAGGUACUGUAUUGUGUCCCUUUACCCUCAAGUAGCCCUCUUUAUGCAUUUUUGCUCAGGCAACCAAGGACAUAGAGUAUUGGCAGAAACAUGGAGUGCUUUUGUAUAGGCCAUCUGUACAUAAAAGUGUAAUUAUUUAUUUAAUUUUCCCAUUUGUAUCAUAUUAAAGCUUUGUACAGUGUUUUAAGUUCUGUUUUAAAAUUAUUUUGUAUUUUAUUUUUAUAAUCUAGUAAUAAAAUAUUCAUUCCGCAUGCAAA